UACAGGUGCAUUUAAUGCGAUGGUAUUUUAUGUGUGAGCUCGUACGUGCAGAUCACAAUGAAGUGCCGACGUGGAACGGAGUGGGGGGAGGGGCCUACAGGGGGCUUCACGUGAACCCAUAUGGAUAUAAUGCAUGAACCAUGUAGUGGCGCACAAUCCCCGAACUAUAUCAUGUUUGAUGUCGGAAGUCCAGCAUUUUGCGGUGCUGAUAUGGAUUAUAUAAUGAUAAUACAGAUAAUUUCCAUGUCACUUAAGAAUGUUAUUAUAUACAUUGGAAAAUUGCACGAGUAGCAUUUUUUUAAUAUUUUCGGGUAUUAGAUAAAAAUAUAUAUAUAUUAUCAGGAAAUUCUGAAAAUGAGGUUUCAGAAUUAGAUAAAAAUAAUAAUAAUAUUUUUCUCGUAAGUUCGUCCGAUUAUAUCGUAUCAUAUAUAAAACGGUUUCAGAAACCGUUACAAUCACCGUUAUGUCAAGGAAACAAUGGUCACAUGGACUCAUCUGGUAUCGGUACAGUUCACAGUUCGGCGUGCACAGACCUCUCCACAGCCUCCUAAAAUAUGUCGCUACCUCUUCUGGUUUCGUGAGCCAAGGAGAUGAUGAGGCCUGCGGGCGCCAUGGUGCCGUCGAGCCCCGGCCGGGAGAAGCUCCCAGUGCCGGGACUCGCCCGGAUCCUGGCCGGCAUUGGCAGCCGGAGCCGCGGCCGGCCUGCCGCCCGCUCCGUCCCUAUGUUCAGCUCCCGUAACAAGAGCGUCGGCCGCUCGUCUUCGGUGGCGACGCAGGUAGCCGUGGCGGCGGCAGCGGUGGGGGAGGAAGGGGAGCCUUGCUCGCCGAAGGUGACUUGCAUCGGUCAGGUUCGAAUCCGGAACAAGAAGUCGGCGUCGCAGUCCAGAACGCGUCAGCCGAAGGAUAUGGCGCCUUGUCAGUGCUUCCACAAGGCGUUGCUCUGCAGUCUUCUUCCUGCUCGGAAGAAGCCCAAGGGUGGGGGCGACGGCCGGUCGCUGUGGCGAAGGUGGGCGUCGCUGGGCGGCCGAUCGGGCAGGUACCAACGGCGGGAACCGGAUUCGCCCAAAGCACCGCCGUUGGAGUUCAUCAUAAUAAAGGCAGACGGGGAAGACGAAGAAGAGGAGCACGAGGAAGACGCACGGUUGUUCGCAGCCGCGAGGCCCCCGAAGAAUGCGCUCCUGCUGAUGAGAUGCCGCUCGGCGCCGCACAAUAGCGAGUCCUCGCUCGCCACCACCGCCCGCUACGCGGCCUCCCCCCUUCCGGAGCCCAAACCAGGCGAAGUGAGGAAGCAGAAGAAGAAGAAAAAGACCAACGAGAGGUUGAGCAGCCCGGCGGCAGCAGAGUUGGCAGAAGAUGAAGACGAGGAGGAGGAGGAGGGAACAGGGUCGGAAUCACAGCGGCCACUGGUGCUGACGCGAAGCAGGUCGGAGCCGGGGAGGAGGAGGAGGAGGUCGGCGGCGUAGGCAUCAAGCAAGCACGAGGUGUUCCCAUCUGUCGUGUUCCGUUCCUCUGUUCCUGUCCAUUUCUGGUUGCCUCGUAGUUUUCUUUCUCGGUGUUUGCUGGCUGAUGGGAUCCGAUGUAUGAAACGGUAGUUUGUAUAUUCCAACAUAAAAGAGUGUUUUUGGAAGCUAUGAUUUCUUUCCUUCCUUUCACCCUCGAUAUCUCAUCGUCUGUGAAGGUUGAAGCAGAUACACUUGCAGGGGAAUCUGAAACCCUCAGUGGCCGUCACUCUCUGACACCGACAGGACGAAGGGA